AUGUCAUACUCCGGGAUAUUUGGGUGCACGCGCUCGCUAGAGAUUACGGCGAUCACAGUCCGAGGACGUCUGUGCACUCUGAGUGUCCUGCCGUCAAGGCUAAAGGCUCUCCCAAAGCUGGCGACGGUGAAGAGGAGAAACCUCACCUGGCCACGUGUGGAACGACCCACCACGAUUCCCAGCGACGAUGUCAGCUCGAUUGACGACCUUAGCCCCAGUGGCGGCACCAGCUCCAGUGACAACGCCAGCUCUAGUGACAACGGUAGCUCGAGUGACAACACCAGCUCAAACGGUGAUAACACGGAAGUGGAAGACGGCGAUGCCUCGUGCGAAAAGACGCAAGAUAUGCCCCAGACGAUGAGAGCACCGCAGACGAGCCUGCGGAAGACAUCGGUAAUGGAGGACGUGGAGGAACAUGAUAGUGAUGAGGAGCAGGCUGAUCAAUCGAUGGAUGAAAAUGACAACUCGGAGCCGUCACCUGAGUAA